CUCGACUCCUUUUAUUUUAUUUUCUUUCUUUUCCUUUCCUUCUGCCAUCUGCUUCCUUUCCCCACCUCUUCUUUCUUAUUUGGAUUCUCCAGGCGAUAUGCUACUGUGGCGAUUCAGUCGGUGGCGGGUCAGCCUCAAUUUCAUAACAUUUUAAGGGAUUGCUGUUGGUGUUCAUCGACGGUCGUGGUGGGUCGGAGGUGCCAUGGUGAUGUGAAGAAAUAGAGAAUAAGGAAUAUAGUCAUCACUUGCUGAUACCGACGACGAUCCGUUUUCUGCAUUAGCCAGAUUGAAUGACUUUAAAGGAGGUUCGUAUUUCUUUUGUAUGUUUUUUUAUCCCAAUCAAUGAAUGGAUUUUUUCCCCUGUAUACGUUGGGCAUCUUUCUUUCUUUUUUAUCCCAAUCAAUGAAUGGAUUUUUUCCCCUGUAAGUUGGUUUUACAAGUGCAAGUAUAUUAAUCUACUAAUAAUCCCAACUUGACAUGAAGUUGAUAAGUAACAAGUAAGAAUAAAUUGUCUUUCAGUGAGUUUGUGUUCGACCCAAUUAAAUGGCAGCGGAAGCAAAUGAACGAGGACUUACUUGACCUAUCAAAUAUGUUCAAUGCAGUUAAAUCGCUUGUUCGAGUGCCUUCUGUAGACCCCAAAUAUAAAAUUGCUCUUCUUGCUUCUAAGCAGGACCAUUGUCUUGUUGAUCUACUGCAUGCUUGGCAAGAUGGAAAACUUCCGGUUCAGAUAAGCUCUGUAAUCAGCAAUCAUGAUAGGGUGGGGAAUACCCAUGUGAUGCGGUUCCUUGAAAGACAUGAGAUUCCAUAUCAUUAUCUGUCCAAGUCAAAGGAGAAGAAUGUAGAAGAUGGGAUAUUGGGGUUGGUUGAAGAUACAGAUUUCUUGGUCCUUGCUAGAUACAUGCAGGUGUUGUCUGGAAACUUUUUGAAAAGAUAUGGGAAGGAUGUGAUCAACAUACAUCAUGGCUUAUUGCCAUCAUUCAAGGGAGGAAAUCCAUCUAGGCAGGCUUUUGAAGCUGGGGUCAAAUUGAUUGGUGCCACAACCCAUUUUGUCACGGAGGAGCUUGAUGGGGACCCAAUCAUUGAGCAGAUGGUUGAGAGAGUCUCGCACAAGGAUAAUUUGCUGAGUUUUAUUCAGAAAUCUGAGAAUCUUGAAAAACAAUGCCUUAUGAAGGCAAUCAAGUCAUAUUGUGAGUUACGCGUUCUACCUUAACACAACAGGACUGUUGUAUUUUGAGUAAGCUCAAAAUGAUGCUGAUCAAAACUACAGAGUCCAUUAUAUUCCUUGUGUUGCAAAGUUUUUGUAUUUCAUUUUAAUUAUUCAUUCUAAUUUAAGUUGUUCUUGUUCCAAUCCAAUAAUAAGAUAAAUUAAGAGUCAUUGUGUGUUCAUAAUACUAAGAUAUAUGUGCAUUCUCAGUUCUCCUUAAAUUCAUUGUUGUUGGAGUUU